UUUAUGUCUAAUUGGAUUCCCUGGAGACGAACGUCACCCACAAAUUCUGAUACUUCUGACAACGAUGAACAAACUGAACUAACUGAACAACCACCUCCAACUUCCCCAGGACAACAUGCACAACUUAUCCGCGAGCGACGACAACAAUUAUCACAACAGAUACAACAAGAACAAGGAACACCUUCUAAUUCGCAACCUGUCCCUGAAAAUAUUGAAUUUAUAAUUCACCUUGACAAGGACGACGAACAAACAUUACAACAAGCUAUUGCUUUAUCUUUAUAA